CCUGUACCUAAAAUGUACCUAUACCUAUUGGAUCCAUUCCGAACGGCAGCGUAGGGGAUAUCCGACUCCGCUUCCCCCACUGUCACAAUCUUUGAAGUGGCAUGACCAUGCCCUGCCCUGCGACAAAGCACCUGCUUCAAGAGGUUCUAUGUCUUCUCAAAGAUCGCGCCAACGGGAAUAAGAUCUCACCUAAAAGAGACAUUGCCCAACCUCGGGAUUCUACCCGUCUCGACAUCAACGAUACAUCUCCACCCAAUCCCACGCGCGCUCCUGAUCCCGAGACGACCUCGAAGCCCCAGACCACAUUUCUGACAACACCAUAGUAGACCAGAAUGUCAACUCAGCUCCACUUGCCAUUAUGAAGCGGCGGUUCAAUGAAGCGGACCUUGAGCCCUCAUCUUUGAACGACCACGGCAUUGGGAACGACAUUCCCAUCAAGACCAAGAGCCGAGCCUGUUCUGAAUGUAAGAAGCACAAGAUCAAGUGCCAGAUUGAUGACGACCAAGGCAAAUGUCGACGAUGUCGCCGUCAGAACCUCCCCUGCGUGACCAACAACUCUCUUCAGAAAUUCGUCGAUGACGACACUCAGUGGAAAGAUGCGGCAACAGCUCAAGCUUCGAGACUUGAAGCUGCAAUGUCAGAUGUCCUCCGCCACUUACGUCUUCCAAACCUCGGGAAGUAUGGAUCUGGCAACCGCCCACUAGUCACGAGCCGGCCGGUUGAGACAGCAGAGCCAACUCGAGAAAAUUCCAGGGAACCAGAUCUUGAUGGCGGCCGGAUUGUUUCUGCUCCAACGGAUGCCCUGUAUGAAGUAACGAGAAUUCGAACCCUGAGAACUGACCAGCCGUGCGAGACUCUUCAGAAGGACAAUCUGCUUGAAUCAGACUUCAUUGCUAGGGGUGUUCUUGGUCUUGAUGUCGCUGAGAGUCUGUUUGAAUCGUUCAACCAUACCAUGAAUCAACUUCUCUGGGGUGGAGUGGUAAUGAAACACUCAACUCUCGAAUCUGCUAGGAGAUCGUCAUCUCUUUUAUCGGCUGCCAUCCUGACGGUUGCGGCUCUGCAUAUUCCUGGCCGAAGCGGUGCGUUAGAAGCUUGCUACGAGGAGUACACUUCCCUUGUCGAGAAAGCUACGAUCAAACGACGAUGUACCAUGGACGACAUCCGUGGACUUUGUAUUGGCGCAUUCUGGCUUCCAGAUCUGAGUUGGAGGCUGUCGGGACUUGCUGUACGGCUUGGUGUGGAGAUGGGGCUUCAUCAAAGCCUUCUAAGAAUCUCUCGCGGCAAAUCCGACAGCUAUGAGCGACCUCAGCUCUGGUUGCUACUGUAUGUGUGUGAUCACCAAUUUAGCACUACGUACGGGAGGCCACCAAUGAUCUACGAAGACGCUGCUAUUACUGGGUUUGAAGCGUUUCUUCAAUACCCUACAACCAUACCGGGGGAUGUACGACUCAUGUCCCAAGUCGCUCUAUUCAUCCUUCAUUCCACCAUGUUUCGACGAUUCGGAACAGAUAACGAUCAACCAGUUAUUGAGGACGAUUUCGAGCAUCUUCGUCAAUAUAACAUACAAUUGGAUCAGUGGCGCAAUACCUGGGCACCACGCUGUGUUAGCAACCAAUAUGUUCACUCUUAUCCUUCGAAAGGUGUGACACUGCACUACUACUUUGCCAAGUUCCAAUUCAACUCUCUAGCCCUCCGUGCCAUGUGUCCUGAGAGCGUGGCAGCUCUUUCCACUUCUCGUAAAGAGUCUGCCAAUCUCGCUAUCUCGUCUGCAAUAUCAACCCUAUCGUUCGUCCUCGAUGAGCCGGAUAUACGAAAUAACAUCAUAGGCGUGCCACUUUUCGCUCAUACCAUGCUGACAUUCUCAGCCGUCUUUCUCCUCAAAGUAACAUUGAAAUGGAGAGCUAGUCCGACUCAAAGUGUCUCUGAUUCUCCCUUAGCAGGUCUCUGCAUCAACCCCGACGCAGUGGAGGAUCUCGUGGGAAGGGUAAUAUCACUAUUUCAACAUGCAGUUUCUAGUGAGAAGCAUCUCACCAAACACAUCGCAGGCGGCCUGAGCAAGAUGUUAACUUCCUUCAAACUCUCUUUGCAAGACCCGAGACAUAGUCUUCAAGGAAACGAACAGAGCCAGGCUAUAGUCACGCCAGCUUUGCAGGACGAUUACUCUACAAUGACCGCAUCGUUAAUUCAAUCGGAGACCGCCAAUACGCUUUCCAUUGGUAAUGGAUCACCCCCAACAGAUUUCGGAUAUACUUUUGAUGAAGCAUGGCAAGAUUUCCCAGCUACGACCCUGGACUUCCUCACGUCACAGUGGCAAGAAAGCACGAACUUCUGAUAUCCCUGCUUUUAUUAUCAUAACAGUUCUAAAAAUCUGUAUGCUUGAUGUUGUUUUUACUUGGUUCGGGUCCUUCACAAACACUUUGGAAUGAAAUUUAAUUGGAUAUCGCGCUUUGCCAACUAAUAAAAUAGCUCCAGUCCAACAGCACGCCAUGUUUACUACUGCUUACUUCAGCAUACAUAAGUAGUGUAACGCGGCGGAUGUCUGCUAUCAGACUUGAGAGAUGAAUGUAGAUUCUACAAAUGUACAUAGCAUGAAAUUUGCCUCUGCCAAUCAGACAAUUUCAACAACAAGCUUCUUGGCGGAGACCCCUCGGGCUUGGAGGUCCAAUGCUCCCUGGAUACUCUCUAGGCCCUUACCGACAACCCCAGGCUCAGGUCUGCACUUCAUGGUACCAUUCUCGAGUGCGGGCGUGAGCCAUCUGUCCCAGAUAGCAGGUCCGACUUCAUUGUCCUUCAACGAGUCGGCCCAGCCUAGAUUUCCGAUCAUUACGAGGGCUGAUGAAGGAAACUGGAUGAAUCAGACUUAUAGUGUACCCCCCUGUCCUAACGUUAAACUAUAAGGCGACGCUAUCUAUUAUUUAUAUUUAAAAGAGAAGGAUUUCAUACUGUUUUAAAAAGUAAUAAGGGGAUAGCAUGACGCGUUUUUAAUAUAUUAAUAGAGCAAUUAUAAGGAGAAGCUCCUUUAGCACUGUAAAAGCAGCUGCUAAGGCACGAGUAGUAAACUAACGUUAGGACAGGGGGGUACACUGUAUAGUAGCUAAUAGUUACGCCUUCAGGAACCUCGCCUUCAAACUUCAUCGAGUGCGCCAAGGAAGUUACUACGACCUUAUUCUUGGAAUUGUCGCCUAGCUGAGAAGCGAUUCGAGCGCAAGCUUUUAUAGUCUCUGGCGCCAUAACGGCACAGAAAACUCCAGCGAAUGGGACGUUUUUAAGGGUUUGGAUAAUCUCGGCGACCACACCUGGC